GAAAGGCUAGAGAAAGGUGGAGUUAAAUGCUUGGAUGUCGGAUGCGGCAAAGGAUUUCACUCAGCUCUGAUGGCCUCUCAUUACCCAAAAUCCCACUUCACCGGGAUUGAUAUCACAAAUGAAGCCAUUGGGAUGGCUAAUCAGCAAAGAAAGGAGAAUGGUCAAACUUUCGACAAUCUGACAUUCACACAAAUGAAUGCAGCAAAAAUGGAUGCCAGCUGGACGGAUAAGUACGACGUGGUUAUGAUCUUUGACGCUUGUCACGACCAGAUGAGGCCCGAUCUCUGCCUUAAAGAGGUACAUCGCGUACUCAAGCCAGGAGGUGUCUUUGGAAUGUUGGAGGUGAAUGGCUCAUCCAACAUCUACAAAGACAAGAAGGAAUUGGGGUUGAUGGCUGGGCAAAUGUACGGAUGCUCAAUGUUCCACUGCUUGCCAGUUAGCAGCAAU